CCCUAAGCCGGCCUUUCGCGGCGGGCCCGCACACCUUCGGCCGGCUCCGCGGCCUUCUCCGCUUUUCCUGGAGGAGAUGAGCCCGAGGGGUCGCCGAGCGGCGUUGGUCACUGGGUGGGCGACCGCUCUGCUGCCUUCGCGGGGUUUAAAGGGUACUGGAGUGAGGUGAUGCUGCCCUGCGUGCUGUUGGCGUUGGGCCUGCGGCAGGAACUUCCCCUCGGGCCUGAAAGCUGUUCGGGCCCUUGUGUCUUAAUGCUGUGCUGCUGCUGCUCCCUUGCUGGGCCUUCACUGGCCUGCUUAGAAAUCUCCCUCCGACCCCUCGCUGCUGGUGUUUGUGCCCCUCCCUAAUCGAGGCUGUUAUAUUCCCAGCCCUAUCGCACCGUGGUGUACAACUGCUCCAGGCCUUUAUUUAUUGUUUGCUUCAGAACCCUUAGUUUUCAUAAGGAAAUCAGCUUUUUGUUUUGCAUGUGGUGAUGAUCCUGUAAGGCCUUGCUACCACUUGUCACUUCUUUAUCACAAAGAUCAAAGUUUUGCUCUAACAGUUAAAUUUUCCUACAGGAGGGCCCAGGGGCAUGCAAAACAAAGGAGUGCUCCACAAUACAAACAGUCACUUAUGGAGCUAUUUAAGAUUGAGUAAUGGUUGGUUUGUUGUAGGAAUAUAAAAAACAUCUCUCAGAAAAAUUGUUCUCAAUUUGGAAGGGGUUGAUUUAGACCAUGGGGUCUCAGGAAAGUACUGUCCAGCUGUUUUCCUUCUUGUGCUUCGUUUUUGUUGCAUUAAACAAAGAGGGGAUGAGUAAGAAGGGACAGAGAUUCUGGCUUAGAUUAUACUUCGAACAUGUAGCUUCUAGUGGCGACAGGGGAAGAGUUGCUUCCUCCUACUUAUCCCUUCUGGUGUUGAGUGACAGCAGCGCUGAGUGGCUGGAAAGAGUUCUAAUGUGUUACAUGUAUCAAGUACUUGAGGGUGGCUGGGUCUCUCCUGAGCUGACGGUGGCUGGAGUAAAGCUUCUGAGAGGCUGGCUCCAGCAGUCCACAGGUGAAGGCUGUGUCUGCCUUCCUUGGGAAUGUGGCAGGGCAUGCAUACAGUGGGGAACAUUCUGGUGCGGUGGGGCUGCAGAAAACUUAAGGCAGUUUGGGUCAGCAGCAGGGAGCUGUUGUUUGGUGAUGGGUUACGCUUCUUGAGGUAGAUUCGACUCAGGCUGGUUGUGAAGCAGCAGUUGUGCUUUAUGAGCUUGUGGAAUGCCAGAGAGCGUUUGGGAUUUGUUUAAGUGUAGUGGAAGUAGGUAAGGGAAACCACUGAAGGAUGUGAGACACUAUUCAGUCUGUUAGGAGAGUUUUUCCCAAACAUAUUCAGAAGAGGUGCCUUGUUUUCUUGGCCAUUGUGCUGGCAUUGGCUCUCACCCAGCUGAGUGGUAAGCUGGAUCUGGAAGGUAAUGUGACUCUGAAGUCAGCUUUGUCUUUCUCCUGAUGUUUUUUAUUCUGAAUCAGUUCAGCUCACUGCGUACCUCUGCAUAUCAGUCCUUGGAGCGCGGAGGGGGAGGAUGGCCCUUUGUGUCAGCAGACUAUUGUAAAGAAAUUGUAGAAACCACUCUUGAAGGGAGUAUGAAAACAUCUGAUUAAGCAAACAAACAAAAUAAAAAAGCAAGCCAAACAAAAUAGCAGCAGUUCUCUUGUUUUGUUUUUUGUUUUGACAAAAUUCAUAGAAAUAAUCAUUUUGAUGUUUUUAGUUAGAAGAGAAAUGUGGUUAUGUUUGCCGCUAGUUUUACAUAACAGAACAGCUAUCAAUCAUACGAUUAUUCUACAGGGCUGCUCUUGCUUCUGUUUGGAGAUUGGUUUUUAAAUAAUUUUACGUAUACUUUCUGUAGUCUUGUACUAAAAAUGGAUAAAUUAGGAAUUAUAUUUUUUUCACAAAUCUUUAUUUGACUGUUUCAGCUGAAUUUUCAUGCUGUAAUUUUUUUAUGAGAGUUUGUUCAGUUUUUGUAAUCAUUCAAGUAUUAUGAAGAUGAUAGGGAAGGUAGGAAAUGGUUGAUGAUAGAAAUGGUAGGGAAAAAAAAUUGAAAUAGGAAGAAAAUAUGUUCCCCAGCUCUUAUUUGUACAGCCUGAGGUAGUUUGGUUAAGUUUGUUACUGUAUUUCAGUAGUAUUUGUAGAAUUCUGGGCAGUGAUUAUCCAGGAGGUUUACAGUUGCUAAUGAAUUGUGUUCUAUUCUCAUUUGUGAUGUGCUGCUGUUAAACUUGGGGACAUUUAAAACAAGAGGAGGUAGAGAAUGGAUAGAAUGCGUGGUUAUUUUAUGGCAGAUACACAAGUACUGAAUAGGUACCUUACAUUGCUGUCCUAAAUAGACCGACUUCUCUUUAAUUUAACAUAUGUAUAAUGAAAGACUAUUAGGAAUUCUGUAGCAUUUCUUGAGGACAGGCUUAUCCCCUGAUUCUUGUUGUAUAAUCCUUUUUCUUUUGAAGCUUGGAUCUCUGAAUGAAAAUGCAUUUUUGACAACAGCUUGUGAAUUUCUUUAACAAGAUUUUUUUAAUUAAAUCUUAUUGAUAGCUUUCAAGUAAUGCGUAAACAAGGGUAAUAACAGCUAUUAAAUAAGUAUGAGAUAGCUAAAAUAAUAGUGAGCUGAGAGCAGUGUUUUGCUAGUAUAGAUUUGGAUAACUAAUCUAAAAUACCUAUUUAAGCUUUCAUACGGUGUAGAAUUUCUGAAUUAGUGUGUUUAGCAGGUAUGUAGUGUCUGCAGUAUCUGUCAGAAAGCUUUAACAUCAGUGUAGUGAGAAAGGCUCAUAAAAAUAUUCAAAAGGAAUCGGAGACAGGUUUUUAUCUUUAAGAAUUUGGCAUGUUUGAAAGAAAAAUACAGUGACAUCUACUUCCUCAUCAUAGUGUUGCUGAUUGUAGGUCAUGUCUUGUUUUUGCUUGGUGGCUGAGGCUGAUUUAAGGCACCCAUACAUACUGCUGUUACAUUAAGAAACUUGCUGACUGUUUGAUCAUUAAUGUGACUCAGUAUCCAUUUCUUGAAAGAUAUGCAGCUGGUUGUGUCAAGGUUUGGUUGUAUGCUUUCUUCAACAGCACUCUGCUUGCAGGUACUGUUAAAAAGCUUAAGAUGCGAGUUUGUUGCUGCCUUUCGAAGCUAGUUUCAGGGAAGCCUUAGGAUUGCACUGCUGCCAAAGGAAGCAAUCUUGAGUGGUGGCUAUCGCAGCUUACCCGUCAUGGUCCAAAUGCAGGGCUGUGUCAUGAGCCAUACUGAAAAAUCACUUGUAUUGUAACUAAUCACGUGAUCCGUAUGUUUUCUGGUCUGGUUCACAGUGUGGCUGCUCAAAUACUUGUGCUGCAUAAGGGAGAAAACCAUCAGGAAUGUGAGUUACUAGACAGCUGGAAGGAUGGUACUGUUUCUUUACACGAGUAGUGCCAGGUUGUUCUAACUUAAUGUUGUGGAGCUACAGAGGCUUCCUUUGUAAUAGCCAGCUUUCUUCUGACCCCGUGAUGAAAUGCUUGAGAGUUUAGCAUCAAUUUUCCCACAUUUACUGCAGAAAGCAAGGGUAAAAGAAGCUUGAGUUACCAGAACCUUGCAGAUAACAGCAUUGGUGUUUUAGAUGUAGACUGUGUUUCUUGCAGUUGUGAUUCCUUCUUUAAAUGCUCAGCAGUAGGCAUCUUGCAUCGCAUUUUUCGUGCACAGCUUUGCAACCUCUAGGUCUCUUGAGACUAGUCAAGAGAUAAGCUUCAUGCAGCCAAGUAAGAGAGGCAGCUGGUCUUUUGAUUUGUGGAUUAAUGUUACUGCUUAGAAAUGUGAUAUGUACAGCAUCUCUUUUUCGUUGUGUUGCCUGACAUGAUGUUGUGACUUCAGAUUGUGACAGUGGGGACAAGAGAGUCCCCAGGAAGAGACUGCUGGUGAUGUAACUCUGUAUGUACCACUGUUUUUCAAAUUCUCUGUAAUAGAGAUCAAUCAGCUAUUUUAAUUCUUGCACACUGUAAAAAUAUAUACAUAGGCAAACCUUUAUUUAAAAAAGAAGUCUAAACAGUCUUUCCAUUUCUGCUCCCGUGUGUGAAAGUUCUUUGGAAAAAGAUUUUUUGCAUGUCAAGUGUUUGCCUGUAGCAGUUAAAUGGAAGCAAAACUAAAAGUAGUUGAGAUUUUCUGUUCAGUGUUUAAGGUUUUCUGUUUAACAUUCUUUUGUUUUCAAGUCGUUGGCAAAAAGAGUAGCCAUGGUACAUCCCGUGGGUGAUGCGAAAACUUGUCUGUUAGGAUUCUGAUUUCAGUUAGCAGCUGCCAAAUGGUUUUAAAAGUUGGAUGUGGAGAAAACAUCGAAAUGUAGUAAAUAUUGAUUUUAAAAUCUAGCACUGAACUUCAACCACUUAGCUGAAGUUUGUAUUAAUUUUUCUGUGUAAGAAUGCUUUAAUUAACCUUUGCUAGCUAAUGCCAUCUCACCUUUUGUCUAGACAAGAUCUGAAAUGGUCCGAUACACUACUGUGCUCCUUCAGAGACUCAUGCUUGCUGAUGAUGAGAAGUAAAAACUUUAACUUGUUAAAGCAUAUAUUUUGUAAAAAUUGGAAAUAUCUUGGUCACUACUAGUGAAUGGGAUUUGUGUUGCUGAAAGCAUAAACGGAGAAUUAUAAAAUAACUGAUUGAUUGACACAGACCUGUGGCUUGAGAAGAAGUUUAUCUACUGGGAAAAAUGGGUCGAUCUAACUCUCGAUCACAUUCUUCAAGAUCAAAGUCCAGAUCUCAGUCCAGCUCUAGGUCAAGAUCCAGAUCACACUCUAGAAAAAAGAGAUACAGUUCUAGGUCUCGAUCAAGGACAUACUCACGAUCUCGCAGCAGGGAUCGUGUUUAUUCUAGAGAUUAUCGCAGAGAUUACAGAAAUAAUAGAGGAAUGAGACGUCCCUAUGGUUACAGAGGAAGAGGUAGAGGGUAUUACCAAGGAGGAGGUGGUAGAUACCAUCGUGGAGGUUAUAGGCCUGUCUGGAACCGAAGACACUCCCGAAGCCCUAGGCGUGGCCGUUCCCGUUCCAGAAGUCCAAAGCGAAGGUCUGUGUCUUCACAGAGGUCCCGGAGCAGAUCUCGUCGAUCUUACAGAUCUUCCAGGUCCCCGAGGUCCUCUUCAUCUCGUUCUUCAUCCCCAUACAGCAAAUCACCUGUCUCUUCCAAAAGACGUGGGUCUAUGGAAAAGCAGGCAAAGAAAACUGAAGGGGCUCCUUUGCAAGAUAGCCCUUUGAAAAAUAAAUCACAAGACGAACAGAAAGAUACGUUUGAACAUGACCCAUCAGAAUCUCUUGACGAUUUUAAUAAAUCAUCAGCAGCUUCUGGCGACAUUUGGCCUGGCCUUUCAGCGUAUGAUAACAGUCCAAGGUCACCCCACAGUCCUUCUAUUGCCACCCCGCCCAGUCAGAGUUCAUCUUGCUCUGAUGCCCCUUUGCUUAGUACAGCCCACUCAGCAAAGGACACACCUCAACAUUCCCAUUCCAUUCAGCAUAGUCCUGAGAGGUCUGGCUCUGGUUCCGUUGGAAAUGGUUCUAGCCGUUACAGUCCUUCUCAGAAUAGCCCAUUGCAUCACGUCCCUUCGAGGAGAAGCCCUGCAAAGACAAUCCCAUCACAGAGUGCUCCCCGUGAGGAGCCUCGAACACGUUCAUUUUAUCCCGAGACUGGGGAACAGGAAACUGUAAAAGGUGGAAAGUUUCUGAAAAGGUACACAGAUGAAGAGUCUAGAGUAUACCUGCUUGAUAGGGGUAAUACCAGGGAGAAGGAGGCCCAGAAGGAGAGAGGAUCAGAAAAAGGGAGGACAGAGGGAGAAAGGGAAUGGGAGGAUCAGGAAACUUUAGACUUUUUCGUUGAUAAAGAGACUGGGAAAGAGAAGUUUAAUGACUCUGAAGGGGAGGACACAGAGGAGACAGAGGAUUACAGACAGUUCAGAAAGUCUGUCCUGGCAGAUCAGGGUAAAAAUUUUCCUACUGCAUCUCACCGGAAUGCUGAGGAGGAAGGAACCAAAUACAAAUCUAAAGUAACAAUGAAGGGCAAUAGAGAGAGCGAUGGAUUUAGAGAUGAGAAAAGUUAUAAGCCUAAAGAGACUGGCUAUAUAGCGGAAAGGCCUAGUACAACAAAAGAUAAGCACAAGGACGAAGACAAGAGUUCUGAGAGACUAACGAUGAAGAAAGAAACUCAGUCACCUGAGCAGGUAAAGUCUGAAAAGCUCAAAGAACUCUUUGAUUACAGUCCCCCUCUACACAAGAAUCUGGAUGCGAGAGAAAAAUCCACCUUCAGAGAGGAGAGCCCACUUAGGAUCAAAAUGAUAGCCAGUGACUCCCAUCGUCCUGAAGUUAAACUCAAAAUGGCACCAGUACCUCUUGACGAUUCCAAUAGACCUGCUUCCUUGACUAAAGACAGGCUGCUUGCUAGCACACUUGUCCAUUCCAUCAAGAAGGAGCAAGAGUUCAGAUCCAUCUUUGACCACAUUAAGCUGCCACAGGCCAGCAAAAGCACGUCAGAGUCAUUUAUUCAGCAUAUAGUGUCCUUGGUUCAUCAUGUCAAAGAGCAAUACUUCAAGUCAGCUGGAAUGACCCUAAAUGAGAGGUUCACUGCAUAUCAAAAAGCAACUGAAGAGCACUGCACUCGGCAAAAGAGCCCAGAAAUACAUAGGAGGAUUGACAUCUCUCCAAGUGCCCUGAGGAAGCAUACCCGUUUAGCAGGUGAAGAGAGGGUCUUUAAAGAAGAAAGUCAAAAAGGAGAUAAAAAAUUAAGAUGUGAUUCUGCUGAUCUUCGGCAUGACAUUGACCGCCGUAGAAAAGAACGAAGUAAAGAGCGAGGAGACUCAAAGGGCUCCAGGGAAUCCAGUGGGUCAAGAAAGCAGGAGAAAACUUCAAAAGAUUACAAGGAUUACAAAUCUUAUAAAGAUGACAGUAAGCAAAAAAGAGAGCAAGACCGUGCUAGAUCUUCUCCAUCUUCCUCUCCAUCUGCUUCUUCAUCCAGUUCUCGAGAAGAAAAGGAUUGCAAGAAAGAAAGAGAUGAAGAGUUCAAAACUCACCACGAACAGAAAGAAUACUCUGGUUUUGCAGGAGUCAGCAGGCCAAGAGGCACCUUUUUUCGAAUUAGGGGCAGAGGAAGAGCCAGAGGAGUCUUUGCUGGAACAAAUACUGGUCCCAGCAACUCAAAUACUACUUUUCAAAAGAGACCGAAGGAAGAGGAGUGGGAUCCUGAAUAUACCCCAAAAAGCAAGAAAUAUUUCUUGCAUGAUGACAGAGAUGAUGGUGUGGAUUAUUGGGCCAAACGAGGAAGGGGCCGUGGUACUUUCCAGCGUGGCAGAGGGCGUUUUAACUUCAAAAAGUCAGGUAGCAGUCCGAAGUGGACACAUGACAAAUACCAAGGGGAUGGGAUUGUGGAAGAUGAAGAAGAAACGAUGGAGAACAACGAAGAAAAGGACAGACGCAAGGAGGAAAAGGAAUAACCCUGGAAGAAAGCUGAAAGAGCAGCUUUUGCACCACCCACACAACAUUUUUAAUAUGUUCUUUUUGUUGUCAAAUGAAUGUAAGCAUUUUACUUAAAUUUUACUGUUGGAAGUAGUUUAGAAGGAUUGUUUUUCUGUUUUAAGCCUUUAGGAAAAAAAAUCUUGAUAUAGUAAACUAUGUUAAUGAUCGUACAGUUAGAAAGUAAAAUAUUUGUAACAACUUUUAAGAAAUUUUACUGUUUGUUAUAUGCAGUGUAAUUCUGCUUUGUCCAAAUACAUGGUCAAGUACAACUCUUAAAAGUUUUGAUUCUCCCCUAUGUCUGUGUUUUAUUCUGAAGUAAACUUCCAGCUCUGCACACCUGAAAUCUUGGAGGAGCAUUUUUUAUCAGCUGAUUACUACUUCUGUGUUGCUUUUUUUUUUUAAUUAAAAGCGUUUUUAACUAUA